CAACACAACGCACGCCCCUCUGAGAUGCUUCCACGCACAAACCGCCGCUCUGUCAGCCUGUUGGCGCUGGACGUCAUGCAGGUCUUCAUGUCGUUUUAAAGUCUCAUCCCUCUGAAGCAGAUGUGAUGCGAGUUUAGCGCUGAGCUCGCCGUCCGUCCGUCUUUCCGUCCAUCAGCCGAGCCAUGGCUCCGUCCCUCCUCCGAGCCUGCCGCAGUCUGGCUCUGUGGACCUGGCUGCUGUUCUUCUGCUUCGUCCAGCUGCUCUGCCUGGACUUCACGGCCGCAGAGAAGGAGGAGUGGUACACGGCCUUCGUCAACAUCACCUACCUGGACCCCGUUUCCUCGGAGGUCCGGACGGAGAAGACCGAGUGCGGCCGGUACGGCGAGCACUCGCCCAAGAGAGAAGCCAGAGGUCGGGUUCUGAUCCCCGGCCUCCCGCAGGACAGGCAGGGCUGCGACCCGAACGUCCGCUUUCCGCCGGUUCCCCAGGACACGGCCUGGGUGGCGCUGGUGGCUGAGGGAAACUGCACAUUCAGGGAGAAAAUCCGCAACGCCGCAAACAGCAACGCGUCUGCGGUUGUUAUAUACAACAGUGCCAACGACACCAUCACGAUGCCCCACUCAGAUACAGGCGACAUUGUGGCUAUCAUGAUCCCUGAACCUAAAGGUCGGGAGAUUGUGAAUUUACUGGAGCAGCGCUUUGUGGUGGUGAUGCACAUCAGUGUGGGAACCCGCAACCUCCAGAAAUAUGUGAGCAGAACUUCUGUGGUGUUUGUCUCCAUCUCCUUCAUCGUCCUCAUGAUCAUCUCACUCGCCUGGCUCGUGUUCUACUACAUCCAGAGGUUCCGCUACGCUAACGCUCGAGACCGCAACCAGAGGCGUUUGGGAGAUGCUGCUAAAAAGGCCAUCAGUAAGCUUCAAGUGCGCACUUUAAAGAAGGGAGACAAGGAAACUGAACCAGACUUUGACAACUGUGCAGUUUGCAUUGAAUGCUACAAACCUAAUGACGUUGUGAGGAUAUUACCCUGCAGACAUGUCUUCCAUAAACACUGUGUAGAUCCGUGGCUGCAAGACCACAGAACGUGUCCGAUGUGCAAAAUAAACAUCCUGAAAGCUCUGGGAAUUCCUUUCAGUGCUGACUGCACCAAUGACACUCCCCCAGAUUACGAGACAAGCAUUGGGGGUCCUCUGACCAAUCCCAUCAGCGCUGCGAGUGAAAUCACAGUCAACGAGAGUUCAGUGGUGCUGGAUCCUGCAGGAAGGGUGAUGGAUCUGCAUCAACUCCAUAAUUCCCAAGAAACAACGUCGCAGGCAGGACAGAGCCACAUUAUUGCAAGCUGUGAGAACCAGCCUCCAAUGAGCAGCGAUUCAGACACGUCUGCUAUCCUGAGUGUUGAUGCUAGCGCGUCAGAAGCAGACUUUCCUUUGGAGCAGGAGCGCGAUGACGCAAAGUCCAGGGACAAUACAUGUUGAGGAGACAUUUUUCAGAAAAAAUGCACAAAAGCUACACGUGAGAGAUUGAGAGAUUAUUCAAGUCUGGUCAUAAAGAAGACCCUAAAACACUCGGUUCUGUUUCACUGACUAUUGACAGAUUUGUCAUGUUGCUUGUUGUGCUUCAUGGAGACCAGACCGUGAGGAAUAUCUCUCACAUUGUAAAACCUCAGAGCGGCUUCCCAAACUUCAAAGACAAAAUGUGACGAUGAUGAUGGAGACUGGACACAACAUGGCCUCCCUAAUGCAUGUGUGCAGCUUUAGUCAGCAUGACAUCGAGGAUCACUGCCAAAAACAUACAGUGCACACUUGGUGCUGUGCAAAAGUGUUGAGUCGUCCCUCAUGAUUUCCUUCCAGCUCUAUAUGAUUUGGAUCAGCAGUUCUCCCGAGUUCCUGACGUUUCUGUCGUCUCUUUGCUUAAAUUUUUUCUAUUCCUUAAUGACAUGCUGUUCACUUCUCGUUCAUGUGCUGUAGGUGUGUUUUUAGGUCUGUAAAUCAUUCCUUUAUUUGCCUGUUUUCCCCUAAUUUCUGAGCAAAUGAAAUAUUUAGUAAGACCUUUAGAAACUCUGGAGAAAAACUGAUCUGAAGCGCAUUUAAAGAUUGCAAGAACUGGAAAUCAGCUGUGACUGAAGGCUUUUGCACAGUUCUGUAGCUCAUAUACCAGCAGUUUUCAGUCCAAAACAGCUGCUAUUAAUUCCCUCUCCAAAUUUGUUAAUACAUCACCUGAAAACCUGACAAGUUUUUUUAAAAGGAUCCAAACAAGAAGUCAGAAAAUUCAAGCACACGUUUUUCUGAUUUUAUAAAAAUAAAUGUUUUUCAUUUUUUAACUUUCUGUAAAUCCUGUUAUGGAAAUAACCAAGCACAACUAGAUCUCUCUAUCGGCCUUUAGAUUUUUGAAGUGAUGUCCUGGUUGCCCUUCUGAAACUGCUGCUGAUUAUUCCAAAACCAGACAUUAAUAAUCCCACAGAGUUGUGACAGAUAACAGUUCAACAUCACUGUUGUAAUUGUUGCUGAGUUUCUGCAUUGUUUACGUUUUUGAAUGGAAGCACAGGUUUAUGGGGCAGGUAGAGCUCAAAAUGUCCCUGUUUCCAGCACUUCAAUAACAAAAAAGUGACCUACAAUAAUCAUGAAAAUAUCUUCAAAGAUUCAUUGUGAUGCUGUGGACAGGAAGUUCUCCGGUAGCUGUCAGUCUUGCAACAAAUCCGAAACGGCCUCUGACUGAAGACUGUUGCUGUAUGACAGUCUUAUGACUGUCUUGAUACGCUAAUAACUCAAUAUCUGGGCAGCUGAGACGAUUCUCCACAGAAAAGUCCUGGAUGACAUCAUCCGUUGUUAAGUACUGCUAAUCCACCUCAUUUGCUUUUACUCGUUAAAUCUGAAAAUUCUGGUUGUGAAAAGGUUUCGCAGUAGUGAAAACUUUUUACAUUUUACCUUUGAGGAUCAAGCAACACAAAGGCACACUGCUGCUUUUAUCCACUAGAGACACAAAUUCCUCUCAGAAACUGAACGAGACCAAAAAUAUAUCUGAUGGCGUGUAUUGUGUAGGUUUUAUUUGUUUCAGCAGAUCAAUAUUGUGUGACAAUAGAAUUAUGCCAGCUCCAAUUUUAUAAUUAUUUACUUUAAAAUAUGAAAAACUAUAAUCAAGUUAGAUUUUAGUUAGACACAUUUUGUUUAAGUUAAUGUUUUGGCUCUUCAAGCAAGCAGUUUUCCAGUUAUUCUUAAUGGAGUUUGAUCAGAAGUUCUUAUUUCUAGCAACUCGGACUUUUCUCUUUGUUUCUGCAGAGUCCCGCAGGCUCUGUUGUAACAGCUGUUUGGGUCAAUUGGUUCAUGUUUUUACACGUUUCCCUGUUUCAGAAACCUUUGGCCUCAUUGAAAAAGCCCUUGUUGUUUCUACAGGAGAUUUGCUUUUGGUGUUUUAACAGCUAAUGAUUUGGGAAUCGAAAUGUUCUGCUUGGAAAGCUUUUCUAACUUACUGGCUAAGACACUGGAGAUUGUUCUUUUAUUGGUACACCAGCACAUGUACAUGUAGCAGACAGUUUCAGGAUCAAAAGAUCAUCAAUGACUGAGCAUCUGCUAAACUAAAUCUUUUUGUUUCAAAACCAGCCAAAUAUGCCAAGUUUCUCACAAAAAUCCUUUUCCUUAACCUUUAAGAGAACAAUGUACCAGCUAUCUUUGUGAAUGAAUCAAUGCCGAUGUGUUUUUUUUAAAGAAACAUGUUCAUGAGCUAAGUUUGGGUGAAAAUAAUUCAUAUAUCAGAUUUUCUCAAACAGCAAACAUGGAACAAAUUCCCAGAAGAGUGAUGGUGUGUCGUGUAUGAGGAAGAAAUUUACGUAUCAGUUUGAUUGGUACAAACUGUUCAACCUGUUGCUACCACCCUUCACAUUUAUUCUCAUUCUUGAUAAAGAUAGAAAAUCUUUCAUUGAAGUAGCAUAAUUUCAGGAAACAUUGUGAUUUGUGCAGUUCCAGUUAAAUUAAUCUUUCUUGGCUGUGAGUGUAGGCAAGCUUAGACAAGCCAUUUCCAGCUGGAUAAGGUUUAGGUCACUUGAACAGCUUGUUCUCAUCACUUUGUAAUAUUUCAGAUUGGUUAAGAGAAAUGGGUCUCUGUGUUACAUAUUUAUUUCCCAUGGAAAAAAGCAUAAACAAAAACAGAAUUCAGUUGCAUGUAUUUCAGAGGAAUUGUUCAGGGUAAAAGUAAUUUGUAACAUUGGCAAUUUUGUUACAAAUGACCAAUAAUGAAUGGGAAUCUUUUUUUUUCUCACUAAAUAAAUUAUCACAAAUUCAGGGUUGGAUACUUCUGAAAGUGGAAUAAAAUUACUGCAAGUAGAUAUUAAUGUAUCUUAAGCCUUUCUUCUACUGAGCGAGGGUAAAGUGUGACUGAUGCUGAGUAGCAAUAAUAAAAGCUCAAGAUACAAAGGUCAAACUCUGUAGAAACGUUUCAGGUCAGGGGUCAGCACCCUUUAAAAUUCAACAAAUCAUUUUUGCACUUUUUCCUCCUUCGUACAAUUUAUUUUGAGAAUUUUCCAAAAAUGAUAAGAAAGGUUCUAUAAUAGUUUUGAGUUUUCAAAGGAAAAUAAGAUCCAUGAAAGCAUGUUGGUUUUUUAUUUCAUAUUUUAAUAGAAGUUAAAAAAGGAUUUCGUAAGCUUAGGGACAAUAAAAUAUUACUACUGGUUCUGAAAGGGGCAGUUUUAUGUAAAAACGACUUUUUCCAAACUUCAGAGCUUCACCCUCACAGAGCAGCCUCCCUCAUUCAGCUCCUUCAGACUAGCCAGCAGCAAUUAGCAAGCACCUGAGCAUUUGGUAAGCCAAUUUUACAAGAUACUUCUCAGAGCAACGCUGGUAAAUAUGUUGCUAAAGAGUUAAUAGAGGAGCCAUGUUGUGAUGACUUCCUGAAGGCAGAGAAUAGUUUUUACAGGGACUCAAUUUCAAGGCACUAAAUUAUAAAGUCAAAUUUCCUUUAAGUCAUAUUAAAUAUGUAUAGUAUUUUUUAACAACUAAAUGUAACAUAGUUACUUAAUUGUGCAACAAAAUGGCACAAAAAUUCAUAGUACUGCCCCUUUAAAUUACAUAAAAACAGAGUAACUGGUGAAACACUGCUUAGUUAUAUCUGCACAAACUUAUUAAGUGAAGUCUGUAAUGUCUCCUGUUUGCAAAACAAAUUGUGUCAUAGAGCCAUCAGAUGUUUUCAUGCAUAUUUAUUCCAAAUAUGUAAAUGUGGGGGUGCUAACAGCAGCAAUUGGUUCAUUGCAGUAAAAGAUUCUAAGAGGCUCAUUAGAUUUGCUGAGCCGUAAAAUUAGAUUUGCUGAGCAGAAAAUGGCGUCUGUUACUGUUUACAGGGUUUUGAGUGUCAGGCGUCCUGGGAACCGCCUGACAACAAUUCAGCUGUUUGUCUCCAGAUUUGUGUGAUUAACUGUUAACAUAAAGGAAUGUAUAGUUAUCGAUAAAAACCCUCCAAAAAACCUCUCCAAAUACUAGAAUCUAUUUAUGUUUUAAUUUCAAGGAACUGUUAGAAAAUGAUUUUAAAAUUUUGCUUCAUUUGUAGAUCUGUAAACUUCAGCCUUAAAUCAUUAUUUUAUUUAGAUCAUAGAGAGCCAUUCUUGAUUUUUUUUUUUUUUUUUUGUUAAAACUUUCUGUACACAGUUUUUUUGUUUUGUUUGUUUAUGUGAUGUGGUCUGUAUGGCACACUGCCCAGGGCAGCACAUAAUUGGGGACACCUAAGCGCUUAACAAUGUUUUUGUUUUGUUUUCUGCCAGUUGUGUCCCAAACAGGUUUCAUUUUGCUUCCACCCGUGUCCCUUCAAUACGAGGUAAUCAUUGUAGGAAAAUACAUCUACAAGAUUUUCAGCCUCUUGUGUAUUUUCCACUGUCUUUUUAAUGAAUUGUGGCUGUAUUUGAUCAUCUCUGGCUCAUAAAUGGAAUUUAUGAAACGUUUAUUCUGUUGUUAAAUUACAAAUGGAACAAAGGACAUUUUAACUUUAAACUCUUGUUGGGAUGGAGAAAAAGGGGGUCUGCCCUGGGCAGCAUUAAAGGAUGAGCCGCCACUGUCUGUACGGAUGUAUUUACACUCAGUCAUGUUGCACUUUAACCAUUCUGAUGGUGGGGGAAACUUAACUUAAACUAUAAAAGCACAUGUGGUAGCUACAAGGGAUGUGUUACUCAAUGUGAGUGAUUUGAUGCACAUGAAAAUGUUCUGAGACUUUCUCUGCUUUGUGUGGUGUCGGAUAUAAGACCAAACAUAAGUAACUCAGUUUUGCAGCGUAACGACAUGGUGUUGGUUUCUUGUGCUCCACUCAGUGCAUGUGUUUGAAUGCAUUUUGAAAUAAAUCAAUCUGUUUUAUUUUA